GUGUACAAUAAAUUAGUGGAGUGAAUCUUCGUGUCUGCAUUUACUUUAGUGAAUAAAUUAGGUAGUACUCAUUUAAGUUAGAAACGCUGUUGAGAUACGAUAUUUUUAAAUAUUUAUUUGUAUAAAUAACACCUGGUCAAUUCGAUUGUUGUCCAUUCUAUAGUACCAAUAGUUUCUUUAAGUGUUAUUUGCGGUGAAAAGUAACUAUGUGAAAAUAGGCGAAAUCGCCUCAACACCGCGAAUUCUUGUAUAUAUUACAAGUAAUAUUACACGUGUAUCCCUGGCCCCGAAUUCCAUUGUCCGUUAAAAGUACUUAUUCUUGUGGUAUCGUUGCGAAUCAGAUUCUCCUCUAUAGUGGUCUCAUCUAUCCUAGUACGAAGAAGAGCUUCGAACCACUUCGCUAUUAACGCUGCCUUCAUGCGUGGGGCGCAAUUUCAAAAGCGUUUGUGAUGUCUAAGCAGGCGCAGGUGGCAACUUCUCCGUUCUCCUUCCAGCUGUGGAGCCACAGAGGAGUAUUAGUGGACCUACCUGCUCUGUAUAAAUGCUGACUGGUAUAUGGAGGUAUGAAAAUUAUUUACGCAGUCCUCCAGAACUCGGGAAUGUACGUCAGCGCAAGCCUAGCUGUCAUCAGUCUAACAAUAUGGGGUAUUAAGAAAAGCUUGCUAACCGAUUUUCAGAGGUUAAAAAGUUUGUUGUACCACCAAGGCUCGUAAUUUAAACUUACGUGAUGGAUCUUCCAGAACAGUUUUUAAUGUUAAAACUGAAUGCGGAAAAUGAAAUGUCAAGUGCUAGUGCCACACCGAAUUUAAAUUCGACUGGGAAUGAACGCUUUGUUCUAAGGUCUAACGAAGCAAAAACCAUCAACUGUACCGACCUAAACAGCGAAAAUAACGGAGUAGUGCAGGACGAACCCAUGGGUGAAAUUGAAAAGAUAAAUAAAUAUGUUAUUUGUGGAAUUGAUAGUCCAAAAAGAGUUGGUCCACUUGUACCACCGAAACCUUACAAAAAGAAACAAAACUAUCCCGAGGUGUCAAUGAGGUGUGUUACUGAUCAAGUCUGUAAAGCGCACUUUUCAAAACAAAUGGACAGUACAUCUAAUGCUUUGCAUAAAUCUUCACCUAGCGCUACUUUAGACAUUCCUGCUGUAUUAGAUCAACAAUUAGCGGCUUUGACUCAUCACAAACGACAGUUAGAAAAGAAGGCAAUUUGUUUGUCACAACAGAAUCCACGCGAAAAACUUAUAUCAGAGGCUAUAAAUUUUGCAAAAUCUUCGUCAUAUACGCAGGAAACUGAAGAUUGCAUAUCUAACAUAAUUUAUUCGAAACCUCAUAUAUUUUCAUCGCACGUUGAUUCAACAGCAGUUGAUGCAAACGUAUCUGAAUCACCGAGUGAUACUGAAAGUGUUCUAAAUGAUUUAAGACAAACAAACCCUAGAAAGUAUUUUAAUCAAAAACCUGAUGCAAACCUUAUCAAAACCCAAGAUAAUGAUGACAUAAUUCAUAUGCGAAGUAAGAUGUCUUCUAAAUUAUUUUGUGAAGAAACAAAAAAAGACAGUGUAGUGGAUGUACCACAAUCACAUGAACUUUCCAUCGACGUAAUUGAGGGUACUUUGGAGUGUUCAAACCACCAGCCGGAGGAAAUACUGCCACCUCCUAGUCCUGUUAGUUCAUCUUAUAGUGAAUUAAGGAAAGCAACGACUGUGUUUAAAAAAACCUUUCAUCCUUGCUAUGUAAAAAACCAUGAAUCAAAAGUUAAUUGUAAUGAUUCCAACAUUCACGAUCUUUGUGGACCAUAUAUGAAUGUUACUUGCAGCAAUGACUUCAAUUCAUAUUGUACAACAUUACAGACUGACUAUAAUAGUAGCAUCGAUAUUUACAAUAAUGGAAGUUCCUCACAGGGUUCUACAACUUAUGAAUCAAUAUAUGAGCCAAUAAUUCCUCGUCCUGCUAGUCGAUUGUCAUCCCAUUCCAACAACUUGAAUUAUGUACAAUAUGUCAACGGUACACAAUUGAAUGCAAGUGAAUGCGCAGGAAACUUAUCAAUUUUUGGAUCAAUUAGUUCUAGUGGACUUAGCACGCCAUCUUAUCCAAGUCCAAGAAAUAAUUCAUUGCAAAACAAAGAGAUAGAAGCUAAUGUGCUUACUGAAUUUUUGGUACAAUCUCUUGAUACUGGGGCUGGUGAUGAAAACUAUGGAACGUGUUUCAAGUGCAAUGGACGCGUAAUAGGAGAGAACUCUGGUUGUACGGCUAUGGAGCAAAUUUUCCACACCGCGUGUUUUACGUGCGCACAAUGUACGGUGAAUCUGCAGGGUAAACCAUUUUAUGCCUUGGAUGGAAAACCGCUUUGUAAAUAUGACUACUUACAAACAUUAGAGAAAUGUUCAGUAUGUAUGAAACCGAUAAUGGAACGUAUACUUCGUGCCACUGGCAAACCCUAUCAUCCUCAAUGCUUUACGUGCAUAAUUUGUGGAAAUAACCUUGAUGGGAUACCAUUUACUGUAGAUGCAACGAAUCAAAAUUACUGCAUAGCUGACUUUCACAAGUAAGUAAAGACACUAAUAAGG